UGUUCUGCUAGUUAAAUGUCCAUCUAAACCUUUAAUUAUUUCCCCUGGCGGGACUACAGUUUUCGCGGUUUAGACAGAAGGAAGAAUGUGCCCCAGACGUUAAUAGCGCACACAAGCACUGAAUCUGUAGCAGGGACUUCGGUACGCCGGAUAAAUACUUAUACAACAUUCUGCCGUCGUCUCGGCUCCCCACAACACCUGUCCUAUUAAUACAGCAAUAUCUCGGGGUAGUCGACCGCCUCAUCCAUGCAUUGGAGUUCCGGGCCCCAGCACACCGGCUCCGGCUCCAGCCAUGUCGGCCAGGAAUGCAGCGGCUGGCGGCGGUGACAGAGCGGGAGACGAACCGGCAGAAGAUGUGCUGGUUGAGGAAAACCAGUGCAGUUCUAUGUCUUUGACCAGUCUGAUGACCCCGUCCUCAGCUGCUGGCAUGUCUUUGAACAUAGAGAUGCCCCGUAAGCGCAAGGGCAGCACGGACAACCAGGAAAGAAAAGCUGUUUUGACCCCUGACGCAGAUAUGGAAGAUGACCAAAAUGGGUCAGAUGGAGAGGACCAACAUGUCAAAAUUAAAUGCUUCAGGGAACCACAUAGCCAAAUUGAGAAGAGGAGACGUGAUAAAAUGAACAACCUCAUUGACAAACUAUCAGCCAUGAUCCCUACCUGUAACCCCAUGUCCCGGAAGCUGGACAAGCUCACUGUGCUCAGAAUGGCUGUGCAGCACCUCAAAUCUCUCAAAGGUUCAGGAAGUUCUUUUUCUGAAGCCAACUACAAACCGUCAUUCCUUCCUGAUGAGGAGCUCAAACACCUUGUCCUCAAGGCUGCAGAUGGGUUCCUGUUUGUAGUGGGCUGCGAUCGUGGGAAAAUAGUUUUUGUCUCAGAGUCUGUGACGAAGAUAUUAAAUUAUAGUCGGGUGGAGCUGAUUGGUCAGAGCCUGUUUGAUUAUAUACACCCAAAGGACAUGGGAAAAGUGAAGGAGCAGCUGUCGGCUUCUGAAUUGUACCCUCGUGAACGGCUAAUAGAUGCUAAAACUGGUCUGCAGGUCCAGGCCGACCUGCCAGUCGGUGCAGCGCGGCUCUGUUCAGGUGCACGGCGCUCAUUCUUCUGCCGCAUGAAAUACAAUAAAAUUUCUGUAAAAGUGGAAGAGAAAGAAUUCCAAGCCAGCACCUCCAAAAAGAAAGAGUCGCAGAAGUACUGCACAGUCCACUGCACAGGCUACAUGCGCAGCUGGCCUACCAGUCAGAUGGGAGCAGAGGGGGAGGGUGAGGCAGACAAGCAGGAUAGUUCCCACUUUAGCUGCCUGGUGGCGGUGGGACGCGUCCACUCCCACUCAUCUCCUCAGGUUAAUGGAGAAGUGCAAGUUAAGCCCACAGAGUUCAUCACACGCUAUGCCAUGGAUGGCAAAUUCACCUUUGUUGAUCAAAGAGCUACAACCAUUCUUGGUUAUCUGCCCCAAGAACUGCUUGGGACAUCAUGCUAUGAGUAUUUCCAUCAAGAUGAUUUACCACAGUUAGCUGACAGACAUCGAAAAGUGCUGCGGAGUAAAGAGAAAAUAGAGACAAACUGCUAUAAAUUCAAAACAAAACAUGGCUCGUUUGUCACUCUGCAAAGUCAGUGGUUUAGUUUUGUAAAUCCCUGGACCAAAGAAGUAGAAUACAUAGUGUCAACUAACACAGUUAUAUCGCACGAUCACAGUCGAACCAGCCGGUCAAACAGAUCUGAACAGUCGAGCAAUUCCAAGACGUCUGAAGAAGAUGGCAAGAAGUCCCUUCCAGUUAUACCAGGUAUCUCCACCUCACCUGGUUCUAUGAUAUAUGCUGGAAGCAUAGGGACCCAGAUUGCCAAUGAGCUGCUGGACUUCAACAGGCUGAACUCCUCACCUUCCAGCGGUAGUGUCAGCCCAUUCAGUCUACCACAGGAUAAAUGUCAACAAACCCAUAAUCAAAUCAGCAACAAUGUGCCAAAUGGAGAGGCAACAGACAUGGAGAUGCCAGGAAAGUCCAGCUCAGAGGGUGAGCCACCGGGAGCCGCAUUCUCAGGAGGAGAAGCACUCAUGGCUGAGAAUCCCCAGCUGGAUUUGGACAGCGUGGUUGGACCAGGCCUUAGUAGUCUUAGCAAUGAUGAAGCAGCCAUGGCAGUGAUCAUGAGCCUCCUGGAGACGGACACAAACCUGGGUGAAGCUGUGGACUUUGAAGAGAUGCACUGGUCUUUAUAGAAUCUGCUCCUUCAGUGUGUUCCUAUAGCACGCUGAAAAACACUUGGACCAUCAGUUUUUGUGGGUUUGUUUGUUUUUUUGAAGGUGAGAACCCGAAUGCUCAUUCUAAGACACGGCAUUCCCCUUUUUUAAAGUCCUUAUUUUAUUUAUUAGUAAACUUUUUCCACAUAAGCUGUGUAGUGUCCAUGUGGCUGCUCUAACAGGGAGUGGGAUCGACGACAAUAAGGGACACCUGCUUCCCCUCUUCAGAAAGAGGAUGUGCCUCUAACGCCUUACAGCAGUCUGCUUGCCCUCAAAUGGUGUUCCUCACUGCUUUCUUCGUAUCGACCGUCAUCUUCUGUUUAACUGAAGAGGCCUCACAAGGUUGAAGAACCCAUGAACAAAAAUGACAGCUCGGGAUUCCUACUUAUAUUUCUCUCCUGUACCUGCAUUUGAACAAAGGUUGGGAGUAAGAAUGCAAAAAAACAACAACAAAAAAACGGAAAAAUAAAAAAGACGGAUUUGCACUGAACCGAUUUCAUGUUUUUUAAAAGGUUGUAAUUUGAUUAGGUACUGUAUGUUUAAUUAAAACCCGAGGAAGACACUUCUGACCACCUGGCCCCUCUCUUUGACCCCUCAGGAUCUAAGCCAGUGUACCAUGGCAGACCACACUUCCAUAACCUCUAACUUUGAGAGUCAUCUAUUGAUGUACUACUCAGAGAUUUUCUCUUAACUUGUCAGUAUCUGAACAUUUACCAUGGAAACAGUCCAGCAACCACCUCUCUUGUCCACUGACUUGAACAUAUUGUAUAUGUGUGGAUUUGGUAUGAUUGCAAAUGCCACUUCUUCAGGACUUAUCUGUCUUAAAGGGAUAAGUUGUUUAGGAAAAUAAUUUAAUUUUUUCCUAAGUACGCUUCUACAGGUGUGUUGGCUGCCCUGAAUUUUUUGCCCUUGUGCUAAACAUUUAAUAUUUCUUGGCAAAAGUGAUCCAUCUUCAUUAAUCUGUUGGAGAACAGCCAGUUUUGGUGGUCGACCAUUCAUAGAUUUAUGAGCACUACAGUACUACUUCAUGCAAAGUGAAACAGCACUUUAGAGGUGCUGAAAUGGAGGUUUGGUAGCAGUGGGCUGAGCAGCAAACCCAUUUCACAUCUGUGACAUUUUAUCAGAACAUGUUUGAGGAUGAUCUCUUGAAUGUGAUGGUGCAAGUGAUAACUCAGGGAGUAAUGGAAACAGAACCGCCACAUCUGAACAUACAAAAACAUAGUCCUUUUUAACUGUAGCAGUAUUUUGUCCUACUUCCCUACAGUCUGUGCAUUGGUUUGAGUCAUGUCUCAUCUUACACUCAUACCUCUUUCACUUACCACCUUUAUAGUCUUGCAAGUAAGUCAUAACUUCAGCUGUUUUUCUUUCCUUGUACUAUUAUGCACUGAAGAUUUGUCGCAGGCACAAAAUGUUGUCAUGUAUACAUUUCUUAAGGGACUAUGCUAUGCAGAGCUAUCAUUCCAUAACAUCCAAAUUUUAAGGUGUGUUCUUUCUCCAUGUAAUUGUCACUCCCAUAUCAUGCACGACUCAAAACGUUUUAAGACAAACUGCUGACUUGUAACAUGACAUUUGAUGAGAACUUGAAUGAGUCACUGAGUUGUAUGGACCCCGUUGCGAUUUACCUCAUGUAGAGUUUUUUUUUCCCAUGCUCACAAGUGCAUAUCUUGGAUUUUUACCAACACUACACAUUGACAGCUGUUAUGUGAUGACUUAUAUGUUAAUGAUCCCCUGCUGAUAAUCAUGAGGUAGCCUGAUGGGUUUUGUAAGGUACAGUUUAGAACUAACAAAGUAAAAAUUAUUGUCUCUCAGUGAUAUUUCUAAGGAAAAAGACAAAAGACAGUUAAGCCCAUGCCAAAUGAUACCAAAAUUGUAUAUUUUUUUUGCACAUUAAGAAAAUGAUUGUAUUGGCUUGCUUAAAAAGAAAUUGAACACUUUGGUACACUUUCCCUUUAAGUUUCUCAAAACAUAGUGAAUGCAAAUUCACAAACUGUUCAUAAGAAAAUUCGAACAAGCUAAAAUCCAGCUAUAUUUGUUGGCACAUUUAUUUUGGAUUCAUUUGACUCUAUUCACUGAGGUGCAUGUUACAUUUAUCAAAUCAUGUUUCUUUAUCCUGAAUAACUUUCAGUAUUCAGUGCUGCAGUCUCAUAAGGAAUGCAAUGAAAAGUGCAAAGUCUGUAUAUGUUUAAGUUUCUGGACUGUGUAUGUGUAUCUUAGUUAUUCAUUAAUACCUAGACUCAUCGGUCAAAACAUCAGCUGUUGUGUUGCUGCCCAAAUAUACAAUAUAUGGAACUGUGUAGCUCUCAUGCCAUGCCAUUGCUCCUAUGGGUAUCUUAUUUAGGGCAACGGUUUAUAAAUCGCAUAAGGACUGUUGGGAUUUGCCAUGAGGAAUUCUUAUUCCGAGUAUAGAAAAGGUUAUUGUGAAUCAUGAAGAAUACUGUCUUUUCUGUCAAAUGCUUGAAUUUAUGAGGAGCCUGUGAAUGGAGCAGCUGAACUCACGAGGAUCCUCCUGCCUGUGUCCGAAGUGCCUUUGGACAUGUCUGCCCGGACACACAAUAAACCUGUGUUGCUUAUGGAGAUCGCCUACCCAACUGGCACCUCCGCAGACUGAAAGGGGGCCUAAAACGUGUCAUUGGAUUAACUUGCUGCCACAUGGCAUACUGUGCACAUCAUGAAUGAAGCGGAGGCUUCACAGAGUUCAGCACUCUCUACCUAACCAAACAACCAGAGCUAUGGAGUCGUGCCAUAGACACAGGCUGUUUUUGUUUUUUUUCCUGAAAUCCAUUUUGUAUUUUUCUUUCUGUUCUUGUUUUAUUAUUGCACGGUUGUAGCUGCAAUCUCCGCUGAAAGCUAAAACAUUGUUCUGACUUCAGCUCAUUUGGUGGUGACUGAGUGAUGCAUCUUGCUGAGAGGUCACAUACUUUUGCUUCUGUCUCCGUUUGAAAUAAAACAGUAGAUUUUGUAAGCUAGGA